CCGUGGCUCCAAUUGGUCCAGCCGCAUGUCAAUCAAACGGCAUCCGUGACUCAUGUGGGUGCUCCCUAGCUGGAAACAGGGAUGGAAUGGACUAGCAAUUGCAACAGCCUGGAAGGUCAAAAUACUUCAGACUGAGGUUUUUUGUGGUAGUAUGGCAGCAGCGUUCCUAGAUGGCAAGGUUGCAAACUCUCUCCUCAAACGUUUUCCACGGGCUAAUGGCUUCCUGGAGGAGUUCCGGCCAGGCAACAUUGAGAGGGAGUGUGCUGAGGAAAGCUGCAGCUUUGAGGAGGCCAAUGAAGUGUUUGAAAAUAAGGAGCGAACGAUGGAGUUCUGGAAAAACCGCAGCAUCUACACAGUGAACAGCAAUGCUGAUUCCCGCUCUGAGCGCCCGGACACUGUAUACAUGGUGGUGCCCCUACUGGGCGUGGCUCUUCUCAUCAUCAUUGCGCUCUUCCUCAUCUGGCGCUGCCAACUUCAGAAGGCUACCCGUCGGCGUCCGGCCUACACCCAGAACCGCUAUCUGGCUAACCGGAAUGCCCGCAGCCUCCCACGCAUCCUCGUGCACCGCGACCCUCCAUCGCAUUCAGAGAACUCUCAUGCCAAUGACAGGCCCAGCGUGGUGGUCAGCAGUGGCGAAAGAGCCGGGGCUUCUGUCACGCCGCAAGACGCCCAUCAUCACACAAGCCACUCUCAGAACAAUCGCUCCCUGUAUGUACAAGAUUCAUCUUUGUCCGUGGCUUCCCACCUGUCUGGGGCAACCCCACCGCCAUCCUACGAGGAAGUUACCGGCCACUUAGAAAGCAGCAGCGAUGAGACAACAGCCCCCUACAGUGAUCCUCCACCAAAAUAUGAGGAGAUAGUGCUAGAAAAGUGAGAGUUUACCACAUAAAGCGGUAACCAAACGUUAGGGAUGCACUGGUUCCCGAGCACUUAUCCUAAUGUGGCUCUCACUCCGAAUGGAGUGUGCAGGCUGUGUAUGUGACGGUCUCCUUGUGUCGUUGAUCGGUUCGUGGACUGCACUGGUAAACGUGGUUGUUUUUCAAGUCGCAAAGGGUCCUCCUGGCUUCACACACCAUUUCUGUGUACCUCUUCACUCCUCCUUCGACCUCUCACACCACAACCCACGCCCUCAGCGGCUGCCCUUCAGAAAGAAAACUUAAGCAAGCGAAGAAGAGAUACAUCCCUUGCCGAGAGUUGCCAAGCUGUGUGCUGCAUGGUAAUCGCUUCGGGCAUCAAGCUUCAAAGCCUGCUAGAAAUCGAAAGGAGCGUUCAUGCGGGAAAACAAGAUGAUGUGCCAAAUCUAAUUGGUGUAUCAUAGUAGAAA